UGUAAUUUAAAAUAUUUAAUCAGUUAAGUGUCUAGUGGUAAUGUUUUAAAAACAUGCGGUCGUUAAGUUAUGUUCAGAGAGUGAGUUUAGACUUCACAGGAACACUCUUCCCUCACGCCAUCUGUCUUGGAGAUGCAGAUAACGACUCUUGAGUGGGACUAUCAUCCUGCCUUGCAUCUCCUUUAGUGUUCCACUGAAGAGAGACAGCCAUAUGGGUUUGUAACAACAUGAGGUUGAAUGAGCUGGUGGUGGGUGACACAAGUGGGAAGCUGUACAUCUAUAAAAGUGAUGACUGUAAGCCCUGGAUUACUCGAACAUGUGUGGGCAUGUUAACGUGUGUGGGAGUAGGGGAUGUCUGCAAUAAAGGCAGGAACUUUGUUGUGGCUGUGGGUGCGGAGGGCUGGUUUCACCUGUUUGACAUCAGUGCUGCUGUUGCCAAGUCAGACUCAUCAAGCCAGCAGGACGGUUCUAUUGGUGACGAGCAGAAGCCCAGUUUUACCCAGCACAUCCCUGCCAACACCAAAGUCAUGCUCAUCAGUGAUAUCGAUGGGGAUGGGCGCUGUGAGCUUGUUGUUGGCUAUACGGACCGGGUGGUGCGGGCGUUCCGUUGGGAGGAGCCCUCCGAUUCUUCAGACGUGAGCUGUGGCCAGCUGGUCUUACUGAAAAAAUGGCUUCUGGAGGGUCAGGUUGAUAGUCUUUCGGUUAACCCAAGUCCAGAGGGUCUACCUGAGCUCAUGGUGUCCCAGCCCGGCUGUGGUUAUGCUAUUCUGACGUGCUCUUGGACACAAGAUGGCGCUGCAGAAUCUGGGGAUGAAAGCACAGCCACUCCUAGCAGGGAAGGUCACUCCAGAGAUGUCAUCCCUCAUCUUACAACUGGACGCAUCCAUAACAAGAACGUGUCCACUCAUUUGAUUGGCAGCAUUAGCAGAGGUUCAAAGGAUGAUUCCUCUAAAUGUGGCCUAUUUGCUCUUUGCACUCUAGAUGGAACCCUUAAACUCAUGGACAGCUCUGAGACGCUCUUGUGGUCCGUACAGGUGGAUCACCAGCUCUUUGCUCUUCAGAAGCUGGAUGUUACUGGUGAUGGCAGAGAGGAAGUGGUGGCCUGUGCCUGGGAUGGCCAGACUUACAUCAUCGAUCAUACACGUAUGGUGGUCCGCUUCCAGUUCGAUGAAAAUGUGAACGCAUUCUGUGCUGGGCAGUAUGCAUGUAAGGAUGGAAAGAACAGCCCCUGCUUGGUCUAUGUGAGUUUUAACCAUAAGAUCUAUGUGUACUGGAGGGUGGAACUGGACAGAAUGGAGCCCACCAACCUGCUGAGUGUGCUUGAAGAGAGGCCUGAUUAUACAGCCCUGCUUCACAGACUGGGAGUGGAUAUCAGUGACACUUUAGCUGUUCGGAAACUCAUUGGAGACGUGCUUUACAGGAACAUACAGAGGGAUGACAGAGAAUGACUCAAGACUCCUUUGAACACAGCUUCUCUUUUCUGUAAAUAGUCUUUUAAUAAAACAGCAUCCAAGCAUUCAUUGUUUUUUGUGUAUCAUUUGCUACAAUCACAAUCUAAAUCACUGAGAGUGAUGUGAUGUGAACAUUAACUGAAUCUCCUGACCUGUAUGUGCAUGAUUUUAUGCACUGCACGUGCAUGAUUUUAUGCACUGCACUGCUGCAACUCUAUUGGCUGAUUAGAUAAGCGCAUGAAUAAGUAAGUGUAAAGGUGUGCCUAAUAGACCUUUUUCACGGGCUGUGAUGAUGCGUUUCCACCUUAUUUAGCAGCGUAAAUCUUGCUAACUUUUUUAUAUUAGCGAUUUUUUUUAAAUAUUGUGUGUAAAUGUAUAACAUCAUGCUUUGUGAUAUAGGACCCUGGAAUAAGUAAAAAA